ACCCAACUCGGUCUCUCGCAUCCCCGUGGAAAACAUUGAAACGGAGUGACGGAGUUCCGGAAAGCGAGCGGAACGCGCGCGCAGCCGCACUGCCACCCCCUGGCCAGCCGCAUCUGCGCAUUUUCCAACCAAAUUUCUCUCACAGGCGAGGUUCUGCCUGUCCCGGAUUGUCGUGUUCGUUCCGACGGAGCAGGCUGCCGGAAUACGAAGAAUACCAACCCCUUUCGGUUGUUCACAUAUCGUUUAUUAAUUAUGUACAAAACGGUACGAAAAGGCGACGCCAGUCUGCAGUACACAAUUGUACCGCAAACGGACCAGUUUUCGUCCGAGUUCCCUCAGACGUCGGAAAAAUCUAGCCCGAGAGUGAUCAAGUACACCAUAGCCACUUUGCUCGUCCUGAUCAUCCUGUCCUGCGUGGCGACCCCGUUUCUCAUAAGUCAGAAUGAUCAGAGCCUGUUCGCGGGCACUGUGCUCGCGAUGGGUCGGGUCGGCCACGACACAAUGGAGAGAAACUUGUCGAGGAGUCAGGGGAAAGAGAUCGGCGUGAACAAAAGCAAAAGCAGGGUUCCGAUCACCACAACCACCACCACCACCACCACCACCACCACCACCACGCUCCCAUCGAGCGAAGCCUACAGGAAGCAGGAUGUCGAGGACGAGAUGACUACGGGAGCGUUGAAUGCCGAGGAACAAGAGUCGGAGGAGUUCACUACCACGGAUUCCACGACGAGUAGCACGCAGCAUCAACAAACCAGCACGGAAUCGUCGACGAGUAUUCGACAAACGUCGACGUCCCCGUCAUCGAUUCUGUCAUCGACAUCGACGUCGACCAGUUCGAAAACAUGGACAAGCACGACGAGCGAGGUGGUCAAGGCGUCUUCGAACGCGUCGAGAAAGGCGAAGAUGCCGAGGGUGACCUUGAAGCUGAGAGAGAACGAGACGAUACCACAGAUGUACAUGAAGGCGGGGAUAGCGUCGUACAAGAAGGGAAACAUCACGACGAGCGUGCUGGCCCACGGCCUAAGCCUGGAAGGGUUGAUCUUCAAGACACCGGAGGGUACGAUAAACCCGUGGCCGCAAAAGUGGUUCUUCACCGAUCCCUCGUCCGACUUUCAAUGGAAGGUACAGUCAUCUCCGCAAGGGUUAAACCAAAUGCCGAUAAGGAUUUACAUAGUCCUGGCAGUGUUCGCGGCCUUGGCAAGCGUCAGCAUCUCCCUUCUACUGUACGUGCAGCGAAAGGCUACGAGACGCCAGCGCCAGAGUGUGGAGGAACCGGAAGUGGAGGGCCACGAGGAAGACAAAUCGACUCUGUUGGGAGCCGAGAGUCAGGAAACCGAAGAGAAAGAGUAAUCGUGAUUUCCAUCACGGGGAGAGAGCCACGUAGCUCGUAAGACUCGCAUAUUUUUACAACACGUACAUGCGUCACUUUAGAUUUAGAUAAUCUCGCGUGAAAUACAGGAAUGGAUGGGGUAUAAUAUUUUCCGGCUUCGAUCGAUCGAGUGUGGGAGGCUCCGUUUUUUAAAGGAAUUGACGAAAUAAUCAUUAUUGCCCAACUAUAAGAGAAAAACUUCACGUGUAAUUCUGACAAGUCAACAAGUAAAUUUUGAGUUCGCCUUAUUCGUUCCUGGAACGAAUAUAUGAAACGUGAAAACUGAAGUUUCAGUUUUAGAUAUUGGUGAUAAUUUAGAAUAAUUCUUCGAUACUGUACUUUAUAAUUACGUAGUUACUUUUUACUUGUUUUAUUCGUUGUUAGGUUAUUUUAUAUUACUAUCUUCUUCAAUAAGUGGGCAAUAUUCUUUUUGUUUUAUAUCUUGGUUACGUACUUGGGCAUAGUCGAUCGCGAAAAAUCAAUUUCGAUUAUAGUUUCAGAGACGUAUAUGCUAAACUUAUGAUGUUUUAAUUCUUACGAAAGUUUUUUGAUACGAAUAUUUGUUACUAAUAUUUCGAAAGAUAUCGUGUAAUAUUUAAUUCUCGCAAGGAUAUUCGAUAGAUCAAAAUAUUAAUAAUUCUUAUGUUAUGUUAUUAAUAUUUUGAUCUUUGAUGUAUUUCCAAUAAUCAAUUUCAAGGGCGAUUUCCUAGCGAUAUUGCUUUCAAUUUAAUCAUUCCAAAAAGUAGAUCUCUUAUUUAUAAUCAUCGAAAGAUUUCAUCGUGUUUGAAAUUUAAUUCAAUGAUUUCGAUCUUCCACGCGAAGGACCAGACUCAAUUUUUUCAGUCGAUACAUUCAAUCAAGGAGGAGAAGAUCGUUGGAAAGAUAGUCGACUAUAGAUGGAUGGAAAUUUUCGACGACAAACGUUCUUCUUUCAAAUUUGAGAUGCGCAGACGACUGAAUGGAAUAACCUGGCGUGUUCAUAUUUUUCAUUUAUUAUUGGUAGGGUUGUGCUGAUGCGUUGUGGUCCGAUUAAUUU